CCCAUUGGCCCCCCGGUCCCCGCCCCCUCCGCGGCCCGGAGUGGCGUCAGCACGCCAGUCCGGCGUGGGGUUUAAAUGCCCACUAGCGGGAGCUCGGGCGCUUCUAUCCCGGAGCGUGGUCCGGGCUCAAAGUGCCGGGGUGGGAGGGGAGCCUGAGAGCGGGAUCCCGAGCCGCUGAGCGCGCUGCCCACCGCUCCGCCGCCGAUGACUCGGGAGCUCGGGUCCAAGCGCCGCCCAUGCAGAAUCACUGCGCUCCACCGACCCGGAGUUGAUGAAAAAACACUUAGCCGUCUCCGCUGCGGGGAGCCAUGAGCUGUCUGGAUGUUAUGUACCAAGUCUAUGGUCCUCCCCAGCCUUACUUUGCAGCCGCCUACACCCCCUACCACCAGGUACGUGUCUCCUCCGGGCCGGGACCUUGGAGACGGGUGGCGCGCCCCCGCUUGCCGAAGCACCGCCUGUACCCCGAGGUCCGGGACACCUCCGCACCGGUCCGGGGCGUCCUGCCAGCGGCGGGAGCCCGGAGGAUGCGGGGAUUGCCGGCGCUGCCAAACGAAACUAGCCUAUUACUCCAAGAUGCAGGAAGCGCAAGAGUGCAACGCCAGCCCCAGCAACAGCACGGGCAGCGGCAGCUCCUUUUCCAGCCAAACUCCAGCCAGUAUCAAAGAGGAAGAAGGCAGCCCAGAGAAAGAGCGCCCACCAGAGGCAGAGUACAUCAACUCCCGCUGCGUCCUCUUUACCUAUUUCCAGGGGGACAUCAGCUCUGUGGUGGAUGAGCACUUCAGUAGGGCCCUGAGCCAGCCUAGCAGCUAUUCCCCAAGCUGUACAAGCAGCAAAGCACCCAGGAGCUCCGGGCCCUGGCGGGACGCCUCCUUCCCGAUGAGCCAGCGCAGCUUCCCCGCCUCCUUCUGGAACAGCGCGUACCAGGCACCGGUGCCCGCGCCUCUGGGCAGCCCGCUGGCCGCCGCGCACUCGGAGCUGCCCUUCGCUGCCGCCGACCCCUACUCGCCGGCCGCGCUGCACAGCCACCUGCACCAGGGCGCGGCCGAGCCCUGGCACCACGCGCACCCGCACCACGCGCACCCACACCACCCCUACGCGCUGGGCAGCGCCCUCGGCGCCCAGGCCGCCCCCUACCCGCGGCCUGCUGCCGUGCACGAGGUCUACGCGCCGCACUUCGACCCGCGCUACGGGCCGCUGCUGAUGCCCGCAGCCUCCGGGCGCCCGGCCCGCCUCGCGCCCGCCCCGGCGCCAGCGCCGGGCAGCCCGCCCUGCGAGCUCUCCGCCAAGGGCGAGCCCACCGGCGCCGCGUGGGCCGCGCCCGGGGGACCCUUCGCCAGCCCCGCGGGGGAUGUGGCCCAGGGUCUGGGACUCAGCGUGGACUCAGGUAAGCGGGAGAGGGAGCUUGGCCUCCCCGGGCCCCUCCUGCCCUGUGUCCGACCCUGGGCUGAGCCCCGGAUCCCCCUUAGUUCUCCUUGGAGACCCCAGUGACGUUGUGGCCCAGAGGUCUGCAUGGCAGGGUUGUGCUUCAGCAGACAGAUGACCCAGUGUCAUCGGUGUGGGCAGAAUGAGAAAGAAGGACACUGCCCUAACCUGGCUGGUAGAUAUAAAAGGGGCUUUUUUUCAAAUGUAAAUAAAUAAACAAAUAAGUAAAUAAUUUGUUGAAAAGGUUCUAGCUCUGCGCUGUUCAAUUCUGUAACCGCUAGCCGCAUGUACUUGUUGAGCACUUGAAAUGUGGCUAGGACGAAUUGGGAUGUGCUGUACGCGCAUAAUACGCACUGGAUUUCAAAACUGUGUACAAAGAAAAAAUGUAAAAUUCAUCUCACUAAUAUUUUUAUGUUGAUUGCAUGUUGGAAUACUUUCGACACAUUGCAUAUUGAACAUAUUGGGUUAAAUAAAAUAUAUUACUAAGAUUAAUUCUCAUCUGGUUCUUUUUACUUUUUUCCAAUGUGGCUGCUAGAAUAUUUAGAAUUAUGCCGGUGGCUCCCAUUGUGUUUUUAUUGGACAGCGCUGAUCUAGAGGACCUAGAGCUAAGAAUGUAGUUCAAAAUCUUCUACAGCUUGGGCGGAGGAUAUUGUCUCUUAGUGACAAUUAUAAGGAAAGAAAAAUGUGCUUCUGAUAUCAACCUAAUUGCGAAAUUAAAUAGGUCUCUUAAAAUGUAAAACUUAAAGAGAAUGUGAUUUCCAUGACUAUAUUAAGUUUCUGGUUCAGUGAGUUGAAUUUGAAAGGUACAUUCUUCUGCUCCCUUUAUUUUUAGGGCAUAACCAAAAAAUGGUUAUAUUAUAAAUGCAAUCAUUGGCUUGUGGUCUUGCCCACGCACCCUUCCUUCAGGUGAAGAUUUGACAUUUCUGUUUGCUUUGCUUUUACUUUCAUUCAUGCCCUUUAAAUGAAUUCUGUGACAUUCACAAUAAAACAGUGGUGUUUGUCUUUCUCUUUCCUUAAAUACCUGUGCCUUCCCACCCCCAACCCCUUCUCUCUCCCUCUGUUUCUCUUCUCCCUCUCUCCCUCUCUCUUUCUUUUGUUUUCUCUCUGUUUUCAGGUUUACAGGCUCAGGACAAAGGCAAGGAUCUGUACCGGUUUUAGACAGCCAAACUUGUUCCCUGUAGGUCUCUGCAUAGAGCAAUUGCUGACUCUCAGAGCUGAA